AGGGUUCUGCAGUGCUCCAGACAGCGAGUUUUGAAGCAGGAUGGGAAAAAGACGCUGUGUUCCUCCACUUGAGCCCAAGCUGGCAGCUGGCUGUUGUGGGGUAAAGAAGCCCAAAUUGUCGGGGAGCGGAACGCACAGUCAUGGGAAUCAGACCACAACUGUACCGGGCUCCAGUUCAGGUCCUCUCCAGAACCACCAGCAUACAGACGGGAAUAAUGGAAGGGAGAACGUAUCUGACUUGACUUUGGGCCCAGGAAACUCUCCAAUUACUCGAAUGAAUCCCACUUCAGGAGCUCUGAGCCCACUUACUCGGCCCAAUGGAACUGCCAACAGCACCAAGAACCUGGUGGUGACAGCAGAGAUGUGCUGCUACUGCUUCGAUGUACUCUACUGUCAUCUCUAUGGUUUCCCUCAGCCACGACUUCCUCGAUUUACCAAUGACCCCUAUCCGCUCUUUGUGACGUGGAAGACGGGGCGAGACAAGCGGCUUCGUGGCUGCAUCGGGACCUUUUCAGCCAUGAAUCUUCACACAGGACUCAGGGAAUACACAUUAACCAGUGCACUUAAGGACAGCCGAUUCCCCCCCCUGACUCGCGAGGAGCUGCCCAAACUCUUCUGCUCUGUCUCCCUCCUCACUAACUUUGAGGAUGCCAGUGACUACCUGGACUGGGAGGUUGGGAUCCAUGGGAUCAGAAUAGAGUUCAUCAAUGAGAAAGGUGUCAAACGCACAGCCACGUAUUUACCUGAGGUUGCUAAGGAACAAGACUGGGAUCAGAUCCAGACCAUAGACUCCUUACUCAGGAAAGGUGGCUUUAAGGCUCCAAUUACCAAUGAUUUUAGGAAAACGAUUAAACUCACCAGGUACCGCAGUGAGAAGGUGACAAUCAGUUACGCGGAAUACAUGGCUUCCCGUCAGCAUUGUUUCCAGAAUGGCACUCUUCAUGCCCCCCCCCUCUACAAUCAUUACUCCUGACACACGGCUGCAUGACCAGUCCCACUCCCCAGUUGCUGCCAACGGCUACGACAUCAUUGGGGCAGAUGCCUCCUCUUCCUGGUCCAGUUACUUCUAUUACUGCACCAUUUUAUGAUGCUAGCUUCCGUUGCCAAGUCUGCCUUCCAGCUGACCUGGGGGGAGGACGAGAGCAUGACAGAACUUCAGGGGCCCAAGCCUUAUCUCAGCCUUCCCUCCAGACGGGGGUUCAGUUGGAUUGGGGCUCCAUGCCUACGAGCUGUCGUGAGGUGCAGAAGACCUCGAGGAGUGAAAGUGCCGCUUUGGACCGAUCCGUUCUUUGUGUUACCGACACUCCGGAAACUUGAGUUGUUUGUUAUGGAAGCCCCCCAGAUCAAGUAGGAGCAUUCCCCUGGCAGCCUGGGCAACGGAGUCCAACAAAACAU